AUGAGAUGGUCCUUCCGCCUGGACUGCGCAGUGGGUGGCCAUGAAGACAUCAUUGCACUGACUUUUCCUUUUUUCUUUGCAGAUAUCUCUGUGAGCCUGCUAACCCUUGUGGUUACCGCCUGUGGUCUUGCCCUCUUUGGUGUCUCUCUCUUCGUGUCUUGGAAAUUGUGCUGGGUUCCAUGGCGAGAUCGAGGCCUGUUCUCUGGUAGCAAAGACAACAACCAAGAGCCUCUUAACUACACAGACACAGAGACCAAUGAGCAGGAGAACAGUGAGGACUUCCUAGACCCACCCACACCCUGUCCUGACUCUUCCAUGAAGAUCAGCCACACUUCCCCCGACCUUCCCCUUUCCACCCAGCCAGGUGGCCAAGAGAACUGUGCCCAUGCCAUCCGUGUGCAGCGACAAGUCACAGAGCCAACGCCGUCAGCUCGGCAUAACUCAAUCCGAAGACAACUGAAUCUGUCAAACCCGGACUUUAAUAUCCAGCAGCUUCAGAGGCAGGAGCAGUUGACUGGGAUUGGUAGAAUUAAACCAGAAUUAUAUAAGCAGAGGUCCCUGGACAAUGACGAUGGGAGGAGGAGUAACAGCAAGGCCUGCGGGAAGCUGAACUUCAUUUUAAAAUAUGACUGUGACUUGGAACAGCUCAUCGUGAAGAUCCACAAAGCCGUCAACUUGCCUGCCAAGGACUUCUCUGGGACCUCAGAUCCUUAUGUCAAGAUCUACUUGCUUCCUGACCGGAAAACAAAACACCAGACUAAAGUUCACAGGAAGACCCUAAACCCUGUAUUUGAUGAGGUGUUUUUAUUUCCUGUUCCCUACAAUGACCUUGAAGCUCGGAAGCUUCACUUCUCUGUGUAUGACUUUGACAGGUUCUCUCGCCAUGAUUUGAUUGGUCAAGUGGUGGUGGACCACUUCUUCGACUUGGCUGAUUUUCCCAGGGAGUGCAUCCUUUGGAAGGAUAUCGAGUAUGUCACCAACGUGAGUCUAGCAUUGCUUCAUUUGGUGUGGAGGGGUUGCUUCUUGGUUUUCGCAGCAAGACUGCUUACACAUUAUGUUAUUUGGGAGCAAACUAUGAAAGUGACAAUGAUACCGUUGUUUUAAAAGCUCUUUGUAUCAAUGGAGGGAUAGGUUUUUAACAGUAUUGAUUUUGAUAUAGACAAAAAUCAUUUGCUAAAACUGUUAAGGAAUCAGUUUUCCUCUUUCUUACCUCUUCUCUAUCAGUCCUCACAUUUUCUUAAGAGCUAUCUCAGUUUGUACUAACUGGGUCUCCACCUCCUGUUCACUGUAUUCUACAGCUGAAAGUCCAUUGCGUGAUUGACAGCACCAGGUCCAUGUCUGGAUUCUCCUAUUGGCUUAACAGUGCUUUCAGGACCAAAUCCUCGAUUUUAACCCUGAACUAGGAAGUGGUUAAGAAGAGUUAGCAUUGUAAUUUCAAACAUAAUACUCAUUAAUUAAAAUUAUAAGGAAGUCAGUCUGAAAAGAAGGGAGAACUGAUCCACAAAAGGUCAAUUCUCAUGUCAGACUUAGGAGAGGUCAAGAGUCUAUGUAGCCAUGUUUACAUUUCAAACAUGGGAUCCCAUGGGAUGCUUUUCUUCCAUUUACAUCCUUGUCACUCCCUGCUGAACCGCCCUAAAGCUCCAGACUCAGCAAAACUAGACUUUGUUGGGAAAGUGAUGCUUUCAAGUUGCCUGAUGAGAUUCCCUGAGGCUACUCUUAGUGCCUUUUCUUGAGGCCAGUGUUGCCCUCUUCACCUUGGCAUCCAGAGGGACCAAGUCACUUUCUGGCUCAGGUACAGAUCUAAUUUGGGAUUGAGCCUUGAGUGAGUCAAAGACUCACUCUGCUAAAGAAGAAGACCCUCAAAUCUGUACCCGAGGACCAAAUACCCACAAAGUACUCUUCAGCUCUUAAACAUAUUUAUGAUCUGGGAACUUCCUCAUACCUUAGUAGUUCUCUCCACGUGCCCUGAAGUACCUGUGCCAGCACUGUCAUGCUAUCUGGGUAAGGAAAGUGUGGCCAAGGUCAUGGUGGGCUCCAUCUUCAUGUUUGGAAGGAAGAGAAGGUGGAGAGAACAGCUGUUGAUAAAGCUAGAGUGAUUUGGGAU